ACUUGCAGCUGAUGGGGGAGGAUCGCCAUCAGUCACAGUCAGUUCUCAGCCUUGAUGCAGCAUGACGGACUUGCUUACCUUGUCUACCGGCGACGGAACGGGACGUGAGUUGACACAGGGUUCACCUGCAUUCGGUUCGAUGGAGCAGACCGGGUCUGGCGUCUCUGGUGCUGGUCAUGAGAGUACACGAUCUCAGAAUACCGGAUCUGAAGGUCGUCCAUCUGUUCUGGUUCAGCUAAUCCGUGAUGUGGACUUCGGGGAUAUCGAAGCUGUGGAGGGCGGAUUGCCUGCAGAGCAUGUCACCGCAGUAACUGCAGGUGGGACAGUGCAAGCUGGUGCCCGUUCACACGAUCAUGAACUCCAAGCACCGCCAUGCAGUCCGACGACUGGGGGUGAUGCCGCAGUUGCAGCUGAAGUCCAAGCACCUGAAUGCAGUCCGCAGACCAUGGGUGAAAGUGGGGGAACCUCCGCACUUGCUCCGUUGGCAAGAGGUGGCGGUGUUAGGAGUGGGCAUGAACCGGGGAGAGCACAACCUGGCCGCGGACAACCUGCCCGCGGACGUGCAGGAAGGGCCAGGGGCGGACAUCCUCGUCCACAAUUUGGGGAGGAGGAGACGAUGAAACUCAUACGCUGCCGGUACGAAGUCAAGGCUACUCACGGCGAUGAUUCAGAAGCAUGGGGGUUGGCAAAACUGAAGCAGCGGUUGUGGCCUGACGUAGAGAAGCUGAUGAGGGAGGCCAAUUACGACCGAUCCGAUGAGGAGUGUAAGAACCGGUGGCACUUUGUGCUUAACAACUUGUACAGGGCUGUGAAGGAUCAUGAUAAGUGGUCCGUCAAGCAGAAGUACUUUACCAUGAACCAGAUGGAAAGGAAGAGAUGGGGUUUGGAUUUCCUAAUGCGUAGAGAGUGGUACAAUUUUAUUGAUCAGCACGAGAAGGACAAAGACACGAUAAAUAUGGACGACAUCACAGAUCCCGGCGCUGAGACAGAGAAUGUGGGGGUGGCCCGGUGGGCGAUGGCGGAGCAGACAAAAGUGCCGGGGCAGGAGAAGGCGGUGACGAUCGUGCGGGUUCAGGAACGUCGUCACAGCCGCAGGACAAUGGGACGAACACUGCAGGUCCUUCAGAUGGUGCAAGGUCCACUGCAGUCCAGGGUAACAUGGCCGCGAAGCGUCGAAGGGGUGGUUCUAAUGCAAGGGAAGUGGCCAUGGGUGCUAUUUGCAGAGCAAUGCGCGACCACACCACUGCGCAGGUUAGGUAAGAUAAGGAGCACCAUGCGAUCAUGUGUGAAAUCUGCGAAAAGCAGAUUGCCGCACAAGAAAGAAUCGCCAAAAUGACGUGCGAGGCGAUGGAGAAGGACACGGCAGCUAGGGAUCGCGGAGCUGAGAGGAUGGCUACUGAAACCCGUGCAGGGUACUCUUUGCUCGCUGAUGCUAUCAAGAGUCUGGCAAACCGCAACG